AUGUGGUAUAGGAUUUCUGAUAAACGAGCACGCUCUUCCAAAGAAGCGAGGGCCACCAACGAACCAGCGUGUAGAGACGAGACUGACUGCCAAUCGUCGACGUCCAUAUCACUUUUCCUGGGAGUACCAUGGAGCGAAUACCGAAGUUUCAUGGGAGAAGAGCAGGCGGAAAGUAAAAUGGUCACUCAUGAGCAUCGCAUUCAAUCUCUCGUCACGAUCAGAGAAAGGAAGCUAUUGCCUGAAGACAGACCCGACUGCCAGGAAGAGGUGAACCAAAGCGGAGAGGCCCAUUUCCUUGUCCAUGAAGAUAUGGAUGCGUCUCAUGUAUCUCUGGAAGAUAUUGAAGACAGUCCAAGCGAGCCCAGGAACGGAUUCGAUAUCGCUGCUCUUUGCAAGCAGGCAGGAUCUUCCUACUUUUCACAAGCACCAGAAUGA